AUGACACAGAAAAUGAUUUUCCUUGGAUGGUGGUCGGUUUACUGUAUUUUGAAGUGGGUAACUAUAUGUAGAAAAAUAAACAGCUUAGUAAAUAUAGGACAUAUACAUAUGUGCAAGAUAGAUAUGAGAACAGAUGAAGCUCAAGAAUGUGUUCUGGAAAAUGAAUUUGGAAAAGCAUUUUUAUUUGUUUGUAAUGAAGUUCACACUGCGAAUUUCUCUUCGAAUGUAAUACCAUCGCAGUGUGCAAAUAGGACAUUUGUAAAUCAAAAUGAUCCAAAUGAGAAUUCAGCAGAUAGUGAUACCUAUGAAGUGUUUCAAAAUUUAAUCGGAGCUAACAAUUCUAUUCUAAAGAAGUCGUUUUUAUUUUAUAGUACUCCUUAUUCAAGUAAGGAUAUUGACCUGAGUUGUUUAUGUUAUGGAGAUAAUAAAAUAAAACAUAUGAUGAAAAUAGUUUUUAAAAAAACUUCCAAAAAAAUUAAAGGUUGUGAUUUUGGAUAUAAUAUGAUGUCAAGAAGAGAUCUAACAAAUAACAUUAAUCUAAAUACAAAUUCUUCAUGUGUGAUUCAUGCAUAUCCAGGUGAUGUCGUAGGCAUAAAUUGUAACAAGAAGGAGAAUAACCAUAUAUACAAUGAAAAUUUAGAAUUGGAACCAAGUAAUUGUUUUCACAGUGUUUACUAUGGAAAGGACAUUAUUUUAUCCUCUAAAAAUUUGAUCCCGAAUUCUAGAGUGAUUCCAGAUCCAGCUGCAGAUGUAAAUUUGACAAAAAUGCAUUCCUACAUGUCUUAUAUUAUAUUACCUAAGGAUAUGACAAUGACUGGAAAAAUCAGCUGUUAUUGUAAAAAGGAUCAAUAUGUGGGUUCUAUGUUCAUAUAUUUAAAAACAUUAAAUAAUUUCUUAUUUGACUCGAAUAAUGAAAUAGAUCAAAUUAUUGAAAAGGGUAGUGAGUAUGGAAUUUCAGACGACGAAUCGUACAGAAAUGGAAGAAAAAAUGGAAAGGACAAGAAUCUGGAUAGAGGUGAACGUGAGAACAAUAAUGGAAUAAAGCAAAAUAAUGAAAGAAUAGAAGAUAUUCACGAUCAUUAUAGUAACAUAAACAGUAUAUAUUAUAACACAGGGAUAAAUUAUCCCUAUAAAGGCAAAGACGAUUUUUAUGAUAAAAAUGAGUAUCAGAACGCGAAAAGAAAAUCAAAUACAAGUCAAUCUAUGGAUGCAGAUAACACUUAUAACUAUAGGAAUAAUAUCAAUGACCCUGAAAAUCGUGGGAACAAAAUGUAUAAUGAUGAGAUGUAUGAUGCUUAUAGCAUGAGCGUAGCACAUGAAUUAAAUAGACCUUCCGUACGACGAAUCAAAAGGACUUUAUGGCAAAAUUUGUUUGGUUUGUCUUCUUCUCAAUCUAGUUCCUUUAAUUUUUUGGUACUUGCAUUUUUCCUCCUCAUCCAAGCUUAUUGUUCUCCCUUAUAA